CUUAUUCGGUAGGUCUCUGAUGGGCCACCAGGUCCGUCCGAAAGUCCUAGCCGAGUGAUUGACAGUGGCCAUUUCAAAGCCUGAUUUCACCUUUGCAACCACAAUCACGACCCAGAAUAAACUGCUUCCAGGAAGCCAGUUAGUUGCACCUUGCCUGAAGUCAGUCUCCGGACUGCCUCUCAGGACCCCCGCCAGGGUUUCGGGUUCCCGCCUGGGUCACGUGUACGGAGGCUGCCAGUGCGCACUCAGCCCGGCCCGCCGGUCGCCAGAGCAACACCAAUCCCGGGUUCACUCCCGCCUCGGAAGUGCGUUCCCCGCCCGACAGCUGCCGGCUUAAGGGAGCCUGGCUAGGCCGGCAGCCAGAGGGUCCCGCAGCUUGGGGCCGGCCAUGCUUCGCGGCUCGUGGCGCCAGCUUUGGCUCUUUCUCCUGUUGCUGAUGCUGCUGCUGCUGCUCCCGGGCGCGCCUGAGCCCCGCGGCACCUCCAGGCCGUGGGAGGGAACCGACGAGCCGGGCUCGGCCUGGGCCUGGCCGGGCUUCCAGCGCCUGCAGGAGCAGCUCAGGGCGGCCGGCGCCCUCUCCAAGCGGUACUGGACGCUCUUCAGCUGCCAGGUGUGGCCGGACGACUGUGACGAGGACGAGGAGGCAGCCGCGAGGCCCCUGGGCUGGCGCCUUCCCCUGUUGGGCCAGCGGUACUUGGAUCUCCUGACCACGUGGUACUGCAGCUUCCAAGACUGCUGCCCCGGUGGGGAUUGCAGAAUCUCCAACAACUUUACAGGCUUAGAGUGGGACCUGAACGUGCGGCUGCAUGGCCAGCAUUUGGUCCGGCAGCUGGUCCUAAGAACAGUGAGGGGCUACUUAGAGACGCCCCAGCCAGACAAGGCCCUUGCUCUGUCGUUCCACGGCUGGUCUGGCACAGGCAAGAACUUCGUGGCACGGAUGCUGGUGGAGAACCUGUAUCGGGAUGGGCUGAUGAGUGACUGUGUCAGGAUGUUCAUCGCCACGUUCCACUUUCCUCACCGCAAAUAUGUGGACCUGUACAAGGAGCAGCUGAUGGGCCAGAUCCGGGAGACGCAGCAGCUCUGCCACCAGACCCUGUUCAUCUUCGAUGAGGCCGAGAAGCUACACCCAGGGCUGCUGGAGGUCCUUGAGCCACACUUAGAACGCCGGGCCCCUGAGGGCCACAGGGCCGAGUUUACAUGGACUAUCUUUCUGUUUCUCAGUAAUCUCAGGGGCGAUAUAAUCAAUGAGGUGAUCCUAAAGUUGCUCAAGGCUGGAUGGUCCCGGGAAGAAAUUACGAUGGAACACCUGGAGCCCCACCUCCAGGCAGAGAUUGUGGAGACCACAGACAGUGGCUUUGGCCACAGCCGUCUUGUGAAGGAAAACCUGAUUGACUACUUCAUCCCCUUCCUGCCACUGGAGUACCGUCACGUGAGGCUGUGUGCACGGGAUGCCUUCCUGAGCCAGGAGCUCCUGUAUACAGAAGAGACACUGGAUGAAAUUGCCCAGAUGAUGGUGUAUGUCCCCAAGGAGGAACAACUCUUUUCUUCCCAGGGCUGCAAGUCUAUUUCCCAGAGGAUUAACUACUUCCUGUCAUGAAGGCUAGAGGAAGACUUCCUGGAGCUCCCUUUCUUCCACUAACAGGACCCUGGGACCUGUAGGAGCACCCUGUUUGGGACUGUGAGCUGUUUGAGGGGCUGUGGACUGGCAUCCAGCAGUCACUAACACACAACUGGUGUGUAAAAGGCAGGCCUUACAUUAGAAGCUGAGCCAAUCCUUUUUCUUUUUUUUCCUUUUUUUUUUUUUUUUUUGAGGUCCCACCGAGAUAGGAACUUGGAUUGCUAGAUUCAAAAACAGACCCCAUUCUUAAGAUCACUUGGUGCCUUAAAGACACGCAUUCCAAAGCGGAAUGUGCUUGAAGAAAGUGGGCCAGGUGGUUGAAGACAGGCGUGUGGGAGCUCAGCAAAUCCCAAAGGCUUAUUAUGACACUCCAGAUGGUCUCCUUAGCAUCUCAGCUCUUCUGCAAGGAAGAGCUUGGGUGUUGGGCCUCAAAGGCUGUAGAGUCCUUGGGUUAGAGAGCUGGGGAGAACGAAGUUCUGUGACCCAGGAGUGGCGAGUACACUCUAGGUUUACGGGCUGGUGGGCUUUCAAAUUGGUACUCCCAGAGGAAAGCCGGGCUGCUUCUGUUGUGAGCAAUCAGCCAAGAGUCUGAGGCUGAAGGGAAAAGUACACAGAGGAAGGUGUUUUACAAAUCAGGUCAGUGUAGGCCAAGACUUAUGGUCUACAGAUUUUGGUGGGGGAGGGGGGAACCUUUUCAAAGACAAUUGGGGGUCUUGACGUGUUAAUGUAAAGAUUAAAAUUUUUGAUUUUUCUAAAA